UUCAUUUGUCAGCAACGCCCCCACAUCGUCGGGUAACAUAUAAAAAGCCCACACUCAAGGAGGAAGGACAUUCACUCUGCAAAGCGUUGAAGGCUCAGCUUCAGCAUCUGCUAGCAGAAUAGGUUGCCCUGUGCCUGUUUUCAUCAUGACCUACCGGUGCCUCCUCCAGAUGGUUCUCCUGCUGUGUUUCUCCACCACAGCUCUCUCCACGAACUACAGCUUGCUUCGAUUCCAGCAAAGGAGGAGCGUUGCGGUGUGUCAGAAACUCCUGCGGCAGUUACCUUCAACUCCUCAACAUUGCCUGGAGGUCAGGAUGGACUUCCAGGUCCCUGAGGAGAUGAGGCAAGCACAGCAGUUCCGGAAGGAAGAUGCCGUAUUGGUCAUCUAUGAGAUGCUCCAGCAGAUCUUCGGAAUUCUCACCACAGACUUCUCCAGCACUGGCUGGUCUGAGACUGUCAUUGAGGACCUCCUUGUGGAACUCCAAGGGCAGAUGGACCAUCUGGAGCCAAUCCAGAAGGAAAUCAUGCGGAGGAAAAACUUCACUACGGGAGACAUGACCGUUCCUCACCUGAAGAACUAUUACUUCAACCUCGUGCAGUACCUGACGUCCAUGGAGUACAACAGCUGUGCCUGGACAAUCGUGCGAGUGCAAAUGCUCACGAACUUUGCUUUCCUGAAGAGCCUAACAGGGUACCUCCAUGACUGA